AUGGUCAAGAAAGCAGGAGUGUUAGGAGCCACCGGAUCAGUCGGCCAAAGAUUCAUUUUAUUACUAUCGCAACAUGCCGAGUUUGAAAUCCAUGCAUUGGGAGCAUCAUCAAGGUCAGCAGGCAAAGCUUAUAAGGAUGCCGUGAACUGGAAGCAGGCAGACAUUUUGCCCAAAACAGCUCAAGACGUCAUAGUUCAAGAGUGUGCACCCGAGGGCAACUUUGCCGAGUGUGACAUUGUCUUUUCCGGAUUAGAUUCCGAUGUCGCUGGUGACAUUGAGAAGGCCUUUGUUGAUGCUGGAUUGGCAGUCAUUUCCAAUGCUAAAAACUAUAGAAGAGAAAAAGACGUGCCUUUAGUGGUGCCGAUUGUCAAUCCUGAACAUAUUGACAUUGUAGAGAAUAAAGUGAAAAAGGCCAAAGCAGAGGGAAAGCAAACGGGAUUUCUCAUCUGCAUUUCCAAUUGCUCCACUGCCGGUUUAGUUGCACCACUUAAACCCUUGGUUGACAAGUUUGGCCCCAUUGAUGCGUUGACUGCUACUACAUUGCAAGCAAUCUCCGGCGCUGGGUUCUCGCCCGGUGUUGCAGGAAUGGAUAUCUUGGACAAUAUAGUGCCAUACAUCAGCGGCGAAGAAGACAAGUUGGAGUGGGAAACCAAGAAAAUCCUCGGUCUGGUGAACAAAGAAGGCACAGAAGUUGUAAAUAUCCCAGAAGACGAGAUGAAGGUCAGCGCUCAGUGCAAUAGGGUUCCAGUUAUCGACGGCCACACUGAAUGUAUUUCAUUUAGAUUCGCUCAGAGACCACCACCUUCAGUUGCAGAGUUGAAACAGGCCUUGAGUCAGUAUGUUUGCGAUGCUUCGAAGUUGGGAUGCCACUCCGCGCCAAAGCAAACUAUACACGUCUUGGAGCAAGAAGAUAGACCUCAACCCAGAUUAGACAGGGAAAGAGAUAAUGGAUACGGCGUUUCUGUGGGAAGAGUGAGAGAAGACUCGUUGCUUGAUUUCAAGAUGGUUGUGUUGUCGCACAAUACCAUCAUUGGAGCUGCUGGCUCUGGUAUUUUGAUUGCUGAGAUAUUGAAAGCCAGAGGCUUGAUCUAG